AUUCCAUGCUGUCUAUUGCUAAAGAAAACACAGUUUUGUUUAAUGAUGAGUAUCUCCAGUAUAAAGAUACUAUAACAAAUAUUCAAACUCGGUUACAAAAAGACAUUGAGCUUCUUGACUAUGACCUGGCUGAUCGGCAAGACGCUCUUGAGUAUGCCAACGAUAGAGUUAGCAUUUUCAGAAUUCUUAAAGACGCUGAAUUCUCUGAAGAAAAGACAAUGGAAAGAUUAUUGGACACAAUUCAAUGGCGGAAAGAUGAAAAAAUUGCACGUAUCACUUAUGAUUCAGUGACACCCGAGUUUUUUGAAAAUGGAUUUGCAUUCUUUCACAAACAAGAUUUGAUCGGGCGACCUGUUGCUGUGAUUCAGAUGCGCCAUUUUCCUAAAUUUCGAGACAAGACAAAGACAAUAUCAGAUGUUAUGCUACCAUUUGCUUGCCUUGUCAUGGAAAUUGCUCGGCAAAUCACUCGAGAUUUGACUCGAGAAAACGAAAAAAGCAACAGUCGACUUGUGCUUGUGUCCCAAAUAUCCAUUGUGAUUGAUAUUGCCAAAGCUCCCUUUGUGCCUAUCGAUUCUAGUUUGAUGCAUUCACUUAAGGACAUUGUUAAUUCGAGAUAUCCCGGAUUUGUCGGAUCUGUCUAUAUCAUGAAUUUUGGAUGGAUGUAUCAGGGUAUUUGGCAAGUAGCUAAACUUGUAUUGAGUGAACAAGCAAAGUCUCGAGUUAGUUUUAUAUCAGCUGAAGAAAUCAAACAAAUUAUUGCAGUAGACGAUUUACCAAGAGCACUGGGUGGAAAUAAUGAUUUUGAAUGGACUCUAGAGACAGAUUUAAUACUCGAUAUGUAUGCUACAGAUAAACGCUUUGAAGAUAUUCUACCCCCUACACGCCCAUCCCGAAGUUCUUCUGUAUCUUCAACAACAAGCAGUAUAUUUUAUGAUGCGCCAGAUUUUCUUUUAUCACCAUCCCCAUUUACACCACCACAUGCAUCACAAUACGAAAUUAUUCAAUCUACAUAUACAUCUACUCAUCCUAGUCUGUAUGGCACACCAGGCACAAUGACACCUAUUAAUGCUUAUUGGACCAAUCGACAAGUUGCAUUGAGAUCUCCUUCACCAGAACCAAGAUAUUUUCUGAAUGGACUCCACCUGGGGGAAUCCUUCCUCACAUCUUUCUUUAGACUUGGACGCACUUCUCCUAGUGUAGAUAGUCAAGCAUUAACAAGUCGUCUUAAUGAGCUGGUUGUGUUGGAACAAGACUUACUAAAAGACCAACAUGCCCAAUUGCAUCAAAUUCAUUUCCCUCAUAUGUUACCCGAUAAUCAUCCUCAAAGUAUCUAUUUGGUCUCGCCUGUCAAACAUCAACUCGCUAGAGUAGAACAAAAACUAGUGCGAAUCACACGAAGAUUGUUCAGAAUGUCAUUUGCAUACAAAGGAGCGGUCUACUGGAUUCUUUUGUACAUAUUCCUCAGAGGGCCAGUAGAACACUCUCUUAAAAAAUCACUCACAAAACUAUUUCAUGGACUCACACAAGAACAAAUCACAUAUACAACAAUAGGCACAACAGCCACCAUAGCAGCUACUUUGAGCUCUACGUUUUCUAAUUCACUUUAUCAAAACAAUUACAAUAAUAAACGUCGCUCGCAUUAA